UGUUGUUGCUGUUGCUGUUGACCAACUGACCUUGAGCUGGGCUUAUGCAAUGAAAUCUUCUUCAAUCUUCUGACAGCUGCUGCUGGGGCACAUCUGUACUUCGACAAAUUGCAGCCGCUGUCGUCGGCACGAAAUUUGAAAUACCGACAGCCCCAGAUCGCAGCUCAAAUGCAUAAGCAGCGGCAGCAACAAAAAGUUAAACAACUUGUCCCAGCUCCAAGUGCCCAAAAUGAAGAGCUUGCUGCGCCGGCGUCGCUGCCUUGGUAUGUGUGUUCAAGUGUGUUAUAAAAGCAACUCAAGCUGGCUGCCAACAAGCCAUAGUAUAAAGUCAACUAGCAGCGUGAAGAGCUCGCGAAGAAAUUCAGAAAGAAAAUGUUGAAAAUCGUGUUUAUUGCCAGCCUGCUGGUCAGCGCAGUCCUAGCCGCACCCGUGAGUGAGCCAAACAAAAAGAAAACAAAAAAAAAACAAAAAUACGAGAGAAUACAGAACCUAUCAGCGAAAUAUAAUUUCGGUGUUUCCGUGUCUGAUGACAUCAACGAUGGCCAAUUAGAACGUGAAGAGACUCGAGAUGGUACAAAGGUUACAGGUCAUUACAGCUACAGCGAUGGCUUCGUGAAGCGCAUUGUCCAUUACGAGGCCGACGAGAACGGCUAUCGCGUGACCAAGGAGGAGAUGGAAGUUAUCGGAGAUGGUCCCAAGUUCAAUCCUGACGGCCAGGCCGAUAUCGAGGGCUCCCAGAUUGGCCGCUACUCGAUCAAACUCGACCGCACAGACAACUCCCAGCAUUACAAGGACGCCAAACAGUAAUGCUCUGCCAUCGACUAGUCGACUAGUAUCUUCA